GACCAACAGGCAGGAGUUCCGUUGGAGGAAGUCGCUGAUUGGGAAACACGAACCUCAAACUCCAGGAAAGGAGCUCAACCCGGGAAAAGGGGAAAUAAGUGGAAACGUGUCACCGUCUCAGCUGGAGAAAUAUAAAAUUAAAACUUUUGGAAUAUGGACUAAGAGGCGACGGAGUCUGCGCAGAUGGAGGCGGCGAGAAGUUUGGUGUUUGUCGGGGCCGUGCUGCUCGCAGUGACGGGAGCUUCGGGCAGGGAAGUGUGUCUGGGUACAGACAUGAAACUAGCGCUACCCUCCAGCCUGGAAAAUCACUACGAGAUCCUGAGGCUACUCUACACCGGCUGCCAGGUCGUCCAUGGCAACCUGGAGAUUACACACCUUCACGGAAACGCUGACCUCUCCUUCUUUCAGGGGAUCAGAGAGGUGCAGGGUUAUGUACUCGUUGCAAAUGUCUCAGUGAGCUUGGUGCCUCUGGACAACCUUCGGAUCAUAAGAGGCAGCCAGUUGUACAAUUCCAGCUAUGCCCUGGCUGUGCUGGAUAACACUCUGGCCAAUCAGGGCCUGAGGACCCUCCGGCUCCGUAGCCUCACAGAGAUCCUGUUGGGUAGCGUGUAUAUUUGGGGGAACCCCCAGCUGUGCUUCCCAGACCCCCAGCGCAUCAAUUGGAGUGACACUUUGGACGAGCAGGACACCAAGUCCAAACCGCCCCGGCUGCAGUUUCGGGCCCCUAAUUGCCCAAGUUGUUCUUCUGCAUGUGAAGAAAGGUGCUGGGGAGAAACUGCGCAGGACUGCCAGACAUUAACUCGCAUUAACUGUGCGAGUGGUUGCCAGCGUUGUAAAGGUCCUUCUCCUAAUGACUGCUGUCACAGACAGUGUGCUGCAGGCUGCACCGGACCCAAGGACACAGACUGCCUGGCAUGUCGUCACGUCAACGAAGACGGUGUGUGUAAGGAAAACUGCCCUUCAGCCAUCACCUACGACCAACAAGCCUAUCAGAACAAACCCAACCCCAAGAAGAAGUUAAACUUUGGAGCCACCUGCAUCGAGAAGUGCCCCUAUAACUAUCUGGUCAUGGAAGUGGCUUGCACUUUGAAUUGCCCCCUAGACAAUCGGGAAAAAAUCAUCAUUGAGCCUGACGGCAACGAGACGCAGAAAUGUGAAAAGUGUGAAAAAGACUGCUCCGAAGCGUGUUAUGGUCUGGGUAUGGACAGCUUAGGCGUUGUGGGCAAUCAGAACGUCACCAUGGUAACGUCGGCCAACGUGGAGCAGUUCACAAAGUGCUCGAAGAUUUUCGGAAGUCUUGCUUUUCGUCCACAGAGCUUUGCAAGGGACCCUGUGACCAACACCUCUGGCCUGACUUUGGAGCAGCUGAGCGCCUUCAGGAAUCUGGAGGAAAUCACAGGGUAUUUGUACAUCGAUGCGUGGCCAGAGGAGUUGACCAACCUGUCUGUGUUUGAGAACCUGAAGGUGAUCAGAGGCAGGAUGCGCUACAUGGGGGUGUUUUCUCUCGCCAUCCAGAAUCUACGCAUCCAGUCUCUUGGGCUCCGCUCACUUCGCAGAGUCAGUGGAAGUUUGGUCUUGUUGUACAACAACUCUCAGUUAUGCUACACCAAUCCUCAGUCCUGGAAAACUCUUUUCCACCCCACCCAGGGGCCACAUCUCAUCAUUAACCACAACAAAGACCCCCAAAUCUGUGAGAGUGAGGGGCAUGUAUGUCACUCCCUGUGUAAGGGGGGCUGUUGGGGUCCGGGGCCCGGCCAGUGCAUGUCCUGCAAGUCUUUCCAACGUGGCACUGAGUGUGUAGAGCAGUGCAGCAUCUACCAGGGGGCUAGGCGUGAGUACAAGAAUGGAUCUUUGUGUAUUGCUUGUCAUAAAGAGUGUCGGCCUGUCAACGGCUCUGCUUCCUGCCACGGCCAGAGUGCAAAAGAUUGCGUGGAGUGUCAAAAUAAUCAGGACGGAGAGUUGUGUGUGGAUCGCUGUCCCAGUGGUGGGCUGAAGGAUCGUCAGGCUGUGUGGAAAUACAGCAAUGCCACAGGACACUGUCUGCCCUGCAACACUAACUGCACUAUACCCUGCGCUGAAGUGGACGAGAGAGGCUGCCCCGUUGAUAUCACGACUGGACCCGGUACAACCAUCGCCGCUGCUGUGGGUGGAGUCGUGCUGUUUUUCAUCCUGCUGGCUCUGCUGGUCUUUUAUCUGAGGCGGCAGAAAAAGAUGAGGAGGAAGGAGACCGUGAGGAGGUACCUGCAGGAGCAGGAGCUGGUGGAGCCUUUAACCCCGAGCGGUGCGUCUCCCAAUCAGGCUCAAAUGCGCAUCCUGAAAGAGACGGAGCUGAAAAAAGACCGAGUGCUGGGCGCAGGAGCGUUUGGCACGGUGUACAAGGGGGUGUGGGCGCCUGAAGGAGAACAUGUGACAAUACCUGUGGCCAUUAAGGUGUUGAGAGAGAACACCUCACCUAAAGCAAAUAAAGAAAUUCUUGAUGAGGCCUAUGUGAUGGCAGGGGUCACCAGCCCGUACGUCUGCCGCCUCCUGGGUAUCUGUCUGACCUCCACGGUGCAGCUGGUCACUCAGCUGAUGCCGUACGGCUGCCUCCUCGACUACGUCCGCGAGAACAAGGACCGCAUUGGUUCUCAGUUCCUCCUCAACUGGUGUGUCCAGAUUGCCAAGGGGAUGAGUUAUUUGGAGGACAUUCGCUUGGUCCACAGAGAUCUGGCUGCUCGUAACGUUCUCGUAAAGAAUCCAAACCAUGUGAAGAUCACAGACUUCGGUCUGGCCCGUUUGCUGGACAUAGAUGAGACGGAGUAUCACGCUGAUGGAGGGAAGGUGCCGAUAAAAUGGAUGGCUUUGGAGUCCAUUCUGCACCGGAGGUUCACUCAUCAGAGUGACGUCUGGAGUUAUGGAGUGACCGUUUGGGAGCUGAUGACGUUUGGCUCCAAGCCCUACAACACGAUCCCAGCACGGGACAUCCCAAAUGUUUUGGAAGGAGGAGAGCGGCUCCCACAGCCCCCAAUCUGCACCAUCGACGUCUACAUGAUUAUGGUGAAAUGUUGGAUGAUUGAUCCAGAGAGCAGGCCCAAGUUCAAAGAUCUGGUUCAGGACUUUAGUCUCAUGGCAAGAGAUCCGUCUCGAUUUUUAGUCAUUAAGAACGACGAGCAGAUGAGCACUUGCAGCCCGGUGGACAGCAGGUUUUACCGGAUGCUUCUGGAAGAGGGGGACAAUAUGGGAGAAAUAAUGGAUGCUGAGGAGUACCUGGUUCCCCAACCGAACCUCUUCGCCAGAGCUAACGGAGAGGAGCCCCAGGCCAACGGGCCAUCCAGGCACCAGUCGUACAGGAGCAGAGAUCAGAGCUUGGACCUGGAGCCCUCCAUCCCUGCUGGCCCUCGGACCAUGUACUCCUCUCAGGGUACUCUUGGUCGUGGUCAGUAUCCCACCGCACCACAUGGAGCAGGCGUAGCUAACGGCGUGUGGCCUCCGUUGUUGGAUCGCAGCGUCUCAACAGGAGCCCAGUCCGACUCCGUCUUCCUGGAUGCGGUUCCAGAUGGACACUCGCAGCCCCCGAUCAGCCCUGGACGCUACUGCAAAGACCCUACUUAUCCCAUCGGGAGCCAGGGCGACCUGGAAACUGACGGGGUGGAGGACUUCCCUCGUCCUCCCCUUCAUCACUCUCUGCCCAGGCGGAGUCAUGUCCACAACCACCAUCAAGCCAUGCCAGAGUACGUUAACCAGGAGAUGCAGGAUCUCAGGUUUGUAAUCCCCGAGCGGCCCACCACUCUUCCACGUAAAGGCUCUAAAGCAGACAGACGAGUGCCCAAUGGUCUGAGCUCUGGUCACAGCAUGGACAAGCCAGGUCACCUGGUAUCUGUGAACUCCACGUCCUCUGCCUUUGACAACCCGUACUACCUGGACCUUGUAGCCAAAGCUGCCUCCGGGGCUUCAGCAGUGGACGUCCCUUCAGCUUUAGAGAACGACCGGGGAGUUAGCAGGCACGUGAACGGUUUCGUCACUCCCACUGCAGAAAAUCCAGAGUAUCUCGGACUGGUGGACACAUGGACUGGACAUAGUUGAGGAACAGAAAUGGGAAGUAAAGACUAUAUUCUUCAGAGGAAAACAAUCAAAAGGGAAGACGAACAUUUGUCUGCACGGGGACGUUGAUGUUGAACAGAAAAGCACCCGAACCUUUUAUUAAAAUGACUCAACACAGCGUAGCGUUAAUGUGAUCUCUCUGGCAUCAGGUUUCCUGUCACUCCUCAACAAUUCUUGACUUUUUAGUGCCAAAAAAUGUACUCAGUCUUUGUAAAUAACUUGAUAAGCGAAGGAGUUCACGAUAGUGAAAA